AUGGUUAGCCCGUCAGAAUGUGCAUUUGCCCAUGAUCUCAUGAUCUGUGCCGAACGGGAAAAAGACCUGCAAACCAAUCUAGAACUUUGGAACGCCGAAUUAGAAAUAAGAAAUCUGAAAAUUAAUGUAGCCAAAUCUGAAGAAAUGGUGAUCGGAAAAAAUGUCAAGGAAAUAAAAAUCAAAAUUAAUAACAAUGAACUGGAACAGGUAAAUGUCUAUAAAUAUCUUGGAAUUAUGAUACAGCGUGAAGGCAGUAUGGAAGCUAAACUAAAUGAAAGAAUUACUAAAGCAGUAGGAAAACUAGUAGGAAAUCCAAGAUGA